AUGGCGACAGUAGAUUUCAGGUUCCCGGGUUUGGCAGAGGUCACCCUUCGGCCUGGGACAGAAGCUGAUGUACCCGUGAUGCUGCGGCUGAUGGAUGAGCGCACCGAGUGGCUUGUCGCACAGGGCCUGACUGGGCAAUGGGGAAGAGAACGGCAGUCCGAUCAACCUCGUCGCGUAGAGGGAGCGACCAAGAUGGCGAAAUCAGGUGGUACUUGGGUUGCGAUUGAGAAGGGUCCCUUGGAAGACAGUGAGCAGGUUUUGGGCGUUGUGACUGUAGGCGAUGCGGCGUCAUAUGUCAACCCUGGAACCGAGCCCGAACUAUACAUAAACUAUCUAAUCACUGACCCCAAACGAGGGGGAGGCAGAGGUCUUGGGGGUUUGCUGGUGGAAAAGGCGAAGGCUUUGGCAAAAGAGAAGGGCGUGCAUAUCCUACGGUUGGAUUGUUAUGCCGGUGGGGACGGGAAGCUUGUGCGCUGGUACGAGUCGCAAGGUUUCCAGAAGCAAGAGGCAUUCGAGGAGAAGGGGUGGCCUGGGCAAGUGUUGUCGAUGCGGUUGUAA